AUGACGUUUGGGGCAUGUUUAGAAGUGCAAUGUAGAACGUUUCAGAUAGAAAUAUAUAUUCUUGAACACCCACUGCGUUCUAUUCCAAUUGGCAUAGAAUAUGAUUUGUUCUGUGCGGUAGAUAUCUUUGUGGGGCGUUUUGUAACGUCGCAAUUUGCCCCAGGAAUGGAAUGUCGACUUCACCCUCCACAACUGCCAUAAAUUCGGAUUUCGGCUAGGGACAGAUUUGACAGACGCUGAGCGAGUGUAUAAUUUUAAAGUUUCGUUAAUGUAAUGAUUUAAGCUUAAAUAGUUGUAUUGCGCCAACUGUUUGUUUACUAGCACUAGUUGUUCAAUUUUGUUUUUUUGUGAAGGCACGGGAGGAAUUCAAUUUAAGCGAAUACGGAGGUCCAUUUUGUUAAUUUUGCGAAUCAAGCAGUUUUUUCCUCUGAAGCUUUGUGUGUUAGCGGACAUAUAGCUUUAGCUGGUUUUGUUGCGUUUGCGAAAACACACGGUGAAAGAAGAUCGAACAAAAGAAACCACGAAAAGACCUAGCGUUAUCCAUAACAUUUGUAGUUAUAUGCAUAUUAUAUUUAGCUAGCUAGCGUGCUAGAUACCUAUAAACUAAAAACUAGCAACAACGAUUAAUCAUUUUGAGCCACAGCCUUUGAAGAAUAAAGAAAGGACCAUUCAAAUGGUUGAGGUUUGUAUUUCAUCACCAAAGAAAACGAGAUUCCAGUUGGUAGCUACUAGGCUACCUCUGUCGAAUGAUAUACACCUGGACAAACAAGAGCUAUUGACUAGCUAACUAGCUAACGCCAGCUGCAUCACCAAUUUUGGGGAGAAGAACUAACGUUCGCUAGGUGAUCUGGUCAACUCGUGCGAUUAUUGGCUAGUUUCGAGCUUGAAAAUACGGACAAAGAGAGGAACAACAAGCCAAUAUUUUUGUGGCUGCAUUUUAAAUCCUCAUCAUUCAUCGUAUUUGGGAAGGAAAACAAUAAACAAGGAAUUGACAUGAUGUUUCCACAAUCCAGACAUUCAGCUUCAUCGCAGCAGCUGAAAUUCACAACCUCCGACUCGUGUGACCGAAUCAAGGAUGAGUUCCAGUUCCUCCAAGCACAAUACCACAGUUUGAAGCUGGAGUGUGACAAGCUGGCCAGCGAGAAGUCUGAGAUGCAACGUCAUUAUAUCAUGUACUAUGAGAUGUCCUAUGGGUUGAACAUUGAAAUGCACAAGCAGGCUGAGAUUGUGAAAAGAUUAAACGGGAUCUGUGCCCAAGUCCUCCCCUAUCUGUCCCAGGAGCACCAGCAACAGGUCCUGGGGGCCAUUGAGAGGGCCAAGCAGGUCACCCCUCCAGAGAUGAACUCCAUCAUCCGGCAGCAGCUCCAGGCUCACCAGCUGUCCCAGCUCCAGGGUCUGGCCCUGCCCAUGACCCCCAUGCCCCUGGGCUUGAGCCAGUCAACCCUGCCGGCCGUCACCUCCUCUUCAGGCCUCUUCUCCCUCUCCUCCAUCCUGGCCUCGCAGGCCCAGCUGGCCAAGGAGGAGAAGGCUUCUCGCGAGGGAGCCGACAGCCACCGUGAGGAGGACGGGGACAAGUCCGACUAGAGCUCCCUCCCGCCCUCCACCGCAUAUUAACAACAACAGCAGCGUCGGAGGGCUGUGGUCCUACUAUCAUUUAUUUCAUAUAUAUAUAAACAUUGUGUGUGUGAUUUGAGCUUUACUUCUCUUUUUGCUCAUUUGUUUUUCCCUCCUCCUGCUCCCUUUAUGGCCCAGUGGUAAGUGGAUCUGUGUUUUUAUGCCACCCUGGCUCUCUUUAACCAGGGCCCAUCUGGGAGCCUGAAUGUCACAUAGUAUAAGUGGAAUAACAAACCAGACUUUUAGACAAGCAACAGCAAAAACUGUCUGUGAAGAUCUGAAUCCUAACUUGAAAAUCUUGCAUUGAUAUCAGUGAGAAAAUUUGCUGAGAAGUUUUGUUGGCCGCACUUCGAUUUUCAGGUUAGGAUUCGUCCCCAAGGUAAAAGAGGGUAGUUGAAAUAUGGCCGUCUUCUUGGUGAAUAGUUUAACUAGGUAACUCCAGUCCCUGAUGGCUAUAGGUGGGGGAGAAGCAUUCCUGUUGUAAUGCCAUGUAAAGCUGUGCUCUUACGUAGUCAAACGCUAGUGCUGCUUUUAGUCGUUUUUAGAAAGGACGUAUUGAAAAAUUACCUCUAGAUGAAUAGAGAUUAUUAUAUGUAUAAUCUAAUCUACAUUUAAAUGGGAAACGAAAAACACCUUAGAGCUACUUUCAUGCUGUUUCUCUUCAAGUCUGUGCUAUCAUUCCUACAAAUAAAUCUACCCCCUAUGACUAAUUCCCCAGAGAGCCCUGUCUAACCCACUGAGCUACUUUAGACCGCUUCCAUGAAAGGCAUGCUAUCAAUACUAUCAUAACAGUCCGAAUGUACAGAUCGCAGCGAUGACUAACAUUGUGCGAGAUAGAAAACACCUUUAGAUCUUUUCUCUCCUUGGUGGGGAUGCAGUAGGAGAGUGCACAUUGCCUCUGCAACACUAGAGAGCAGUAAGUGUUUUAGAAAGCAGCUCUGACAUCCACUGAGUCACCUCUUUGAACAGGAAUCUCUGGUCUAUUCUAGGAAACAGGUUGACAUCUCUCUCUAUUGUUAGGCAGCAGCAUAGAACAAAAUGUGCAAAAUGUUCACUGCGCCCACUAUCUUUUCACUCAAAAGAUGAGUCGCUGUAUAAGAAGAAAUUAUGCAUGAUUUAGCUCUUGUAUAGAAUACAUAUACAGCACUCACAAAUUUGGAUGCAUUGUCCAUGGCCAAUGAAUAGUUUUAAAUUAAAGUUUUUUUUAUCAGUCAUUUAUUGAGUAGAUAAAGCACAAAUGGCCACCAUUUGGUGUGCAUUUACAUAACAAAAUAUCUAUUUUCUAUAAACCCCAACAUGUUUCUCACAGCCUGUUGGAGAAAGAGUGUGCGAUUAUUAGCUGGACCCGUAAGUGCCGCUGUAGUCUAGAACUAAAGGGCGAGGCAGCUUUAGCGCUAUGGAGAAUGGUAUAGAAGAUGUGAUGGUGACUAGUGGUUUUACUGUAAGAUUGGUGUUAUUGUCUGAUCAUUGUUUUGAUCCCAGUCUGUUAUACAGCGUGUGUUGUACUGUAUGUUUUUUGUAUUCCCCUUAUAUUAAUAGACAUCCUCCUUUCUGUUUGAUGGUGGGUUACACUGUGAGGGUGUAGAGAUCUGUGUAAAUGUCUUAGAUAAAGCGUCGGAAGAAAACUGAUUCCAUAGCCCUAUGUGAAUGCAUUCGUAAACCUCUGUAAUAUAGAUUUGAACGUUGGUCAGUCAGUGGUGAACCUGGGAAGUCUAAUACUGCUUGUGAACGGCACAACUUACUCUUAUCGACAUAAACAGUAGUGAUAUGCAAUGCGUGUGGGUAGAUGCACACAAACGCAUGUCUCUUGCGGAACUAUAUUCCUUUCUAUUAGCGAAGAAAUGUUUAAAAAAAAGUUUGGUCCACAUUUUCUGUGAUCAAUGCACUUGUUUGAAUAUUAUCGCUAUGAAAUAGAAUGAGAGUAAAAGGCUUUUAAAGAUUCCGAUAAAUUAUGUAUUUGUUUAGUAGUGGAGGGCCAGUUUAUGUAUACAGUUAUACAUAUAAAGCUUUAUGUGUAUAUGUAGGGUGUCCCCACCCACUCUGCUCAGAGUGGGUGAAAACGCGCUUUGGUGAUAAUUUCACUUAUGUUAUAAAAUACAUUUUACCAGGACAAAUAUGAUUAUUCAUGUUCUGAAUCGGUCAAUGGGGUCUUUCUCUAACAUAUCAUUUAACAUUUAUAUCAAAAAAGUCCGAUUUCGUAACCUAAUACAUCCGAUAAUAAGCACUGAGCUCUGUUGACAUAAGGGUGCAGGUUUUGCAUAACAACUUGAGGAUUUUACAUUUUGUGGUCGUCUUCAAAGUUGUUUCCGCUGGUCGCAAAAAGCUAAAUUGGCAUGACAGGAGCUGAAUUAAAUAUAAAAGGCUUUGAAAAUAAAAAAGCUUGGUAUAUGGUCAGUGCGCAAUUGACAUUUUAGAGAUACGCUUGUUUUUGUGAGAAAUCGUCAAAAAGGAAUAGGAAUUUUGAAUGAAUAUGUAAAGCGUAUAUUAAAAUAAGAAAGUACUACGUCAUGUCUCAAAUAGAUAUCCAUCUUACCUUUAUUUUACGUCCUGCGGCUUCGAGAAGGAAGAUGCCGAGUUCAACUGGAAAGUGAGCCUGUCAGGUAACCAGAAGCCUUAAUUCUUGCACAGAAUCCAGCCUAGCUGACGCGAUGCAAUUAUCCAGAUUUUUUGACCCCGUUUUUCUCUGGCUUCCAUUGAUUUAGUCAUCCUAAUUCUGGCCAUCCUACAUGGGUAAACACUCCAAUACCUUUUGAAUGGAUUAUGAUAGAGACAUGAGGUUUGGACCAUUGGUUUUCUUAAAGUAUCUACACAAUUAACACUAUUUUAACAAUUUGUCAAAAUAUGUUUUUGAUUGGACACCCCUGGUAUAUGACUGCAUCUUAUGUGUCUGUCCUGGAUGAUUCCUGUGCUAUGUCCUACAGUGCUGAUGUGACACUAGAGGAACUGCAGUGCUUUGACCUAUACCUGUCCCUCUUAAACCCCUGACCCAUUGUUUGCCCUUUACCCGUUUUCCCAUAGCGUGAAGCAUUGUAAGUAUUUGGAGCUUUGUAUAGAUCAUUUUUUGAAUACUUAUUUUGUGUAUAAUGUAAAAAGUGCAUACUUUGGCCCCCCAAAAAGGUUUUGUGUCAUGAAAUCAUAGCUUCAUUUAAAGAAAAGGUGAAAUAUAAAAAUAACAAACAUUUACUAUAAAUAAAUGAAAUGUUCUGCAGUAAGGAAGUACUUCUGGUGCCUUACAAAUAAAGUAAAUCAAGUCAA